AUGGCAGUCUCUCUCGAUUCAGAUGCACUUCAGGAGCUCAAUUCCCCUGAAGCUCAGCAGCUUCACGACCUCACCAAGGAGCUGUCCCGCAUCGGUGUUGACAGCAUUGUCGACUUGCCGCAAAUUGUCGUGUUUGGUGGUCAGAAAGCAGGCAAAUCUUCCGUCUUGGAGGCCAUAUCCCAUAUCAGGUUUCCUACCGAUAUUGGCUUGUGCACGCGCUUCGCGACAGAGCUGGAGCUUAAACCUGCUACGGAGACACGCAUCAGUGCGAGCGUGAAAUUCGCAGACGGCAGGGAGUCCAAGUCGCUCAGCUACGAUGGCUUCCAGGAAAGCGACUUGCCUGAAAUCAUUCAGAAGGCGAAAGAAGAAAUGGGGUUUGCAGGCUCUGGCCAGGGCUUCACCAAGGACAUACUCAGGCUGAGUAUUGAAGGACCGUCAAUGUACCCUUUACAAUUGGUGGAUCUCCCGGGUGUAUUCUCAGCCUCUUCAGCAGAGCAAACCAGCGAAGAUAUCAAAACGGUCGAUAAUCUAGUGAACAAUUAUCUGCGGCAGAAAAGCAGCAUCAUCAUGCUGGUGAUUGCGGCAGAAUAUGACUACCAUAACCAAGUGACUUUGGGACGAGUCAAGGCGUUCGACGACUCAGGAAAGCGCACAAUCGGAAUCAUUACCAAACCAGACAAGUCAGGAUCUGACGAAAUCCGGAAGCCUUAUAUUCAACUGGCGUCAAACCAGCAGAGUGACUUCAAGCUAGACUUAGGCUGGCAUGUCAUGCGCAACCGAGACACGCGUAAUGAGCCGCAUGAUUUUGCGGCUCGCGAUGCGGCCGAAGCCAGAUUCUUCGAGGAAUCAAGCUGGGCAGUGAUCCCUCGCACCGACCGAGGGGUCAAUGCGCUUCGUGUCAGGCUCAGCAAGAUUCAAUUUGAUCAUUUGCGUCGCAGCAUCCCCGCCAUUAUGCAAGAGAUGAAAAACAAGCUUGCCGAGCGAGAGGAGGAGCUUGAUCGAUUGGGCACCGCGCGCUCGGAGGUUGGAGACAUACGCAACUUCCUCUACAAAAAGGCAGACGCGUUUCAGCAGCUAGCCAAGGAAGCUGUGGAAGGCCGGUACCACGAAGCAUUUUUUCGCCGCUCUCCAGACCAGUACAAGCUUCGAGCCCAGCUUCGAAACUUUAGCGUCGUGUUUGACUACACAUUGCGGACAAAGGGCGCAGAGCGAAAGGUUGUCGAAGGUUGGCAGUUCAACGCCGAUUUGUCCAGCCUACCCAAAUAUCUGGAAGAAUUUCUCGCGGCAAACCCUUACCCUUUCGCUGACCCAGAAAGGUGCACUUUUGAAAGCUUGAGUGACGAGCUAAACAAGGAAGCGGCCAAGACGCGCGGCUUGGAGUUCCCCGGUUCCACGAACGACAAUCUCGCUCUUCGCUUGUUUCAGAGACAGUCUCAAAAGUGGGAAGAGAUUGCCCAGCAUCACAUUGCAAUGGUCACCACGAGUGCCCGGCUCUUUGUGGAGAGGGCCAUGGAGUUUCUCAUCGGCCCGGCGGACACCGAUCGCACCACGGACGCCAUCCUGCGCACUAUUGUAGACAGCUUUUUUGAAGAGCACGAGCAGCUCCUGAAGGAGAAGCUGGAGGAGUUUAUCCUGCCCUACCGUGAGGCCUAUGCUUUGCCAGUGGAUCGCGAAUUUAUCACGCUGAAUGGAGCCAAAUCUGCCGCGCGACAGAGAAAGCAGCUUGGGGAUCUGCUUCCCAUUUAUACCAUUAACACGGACAGGGAAAGCGGCAGCUUCGGCGACCAAAGAGACGUCACACUGAGCGAGAAGAACUUGCAAAAGCUGUUAUCCGAGCGCAGUGGUCGCAACAACCAAGGCGAGUUUGCGCCGGGCGAUGUCCUCGACGCGAUGGAGACGUACUACGAGUUGUCACGCAGAACUUUUACGGACAACAUCAUAAAUCUUGCUGUAGAGAGCUGCCUGGUUCGGCGCAUACAGCACAUCUUCACACCGACGAGCGUGAGCGAGAUGAGCGAUGACCGAGUGAAGGAACUUGCAAAAGAAUCGGAUCAUGUCAAGGCGCGUAGGGAAGACUUGAAGAAAGAAACUGCCAAGUUGAAGGAAGCACUCAAGUAUUGCAAUCGAUACAAGCCCAGGACUCUAAUCUCUCAGAAGAACAAAGAGCCAACAGCAGCACAGAAGACACCAGCUGUCGCCGGAAGCAACUCCACGCCAAGCGCGAAUGAGGCAUGGGCAAAAACCACUGCGCUCUUCCAGAGUCUCAACGCCCCCGGAGGGAAGGACACACCAGCUCCUGCAAGUUCCAUCUUCGGUGCUAAGCCAUCUUCGGCCACAAAGGGUGCUGCUAACGGCCAGAGUCCUGUUCCACCACUUUUUGGCGGUUUAAGCGCCGCGCCCACCAACAAGAAUCCAGCUGCGUCACCUGGUGCCUCCCCUUCGUUCUUUUCCUCUGCUACCACGUCAGGCACAACCCCGGGCCCACUACGAGGCGGCCUGUUUGGUAACGCAGGAUUUGCCCAGCCACCGAACGGAUCCCCAUCGCGAACGCCAGAGUCAUCCGCAAAAGCCCCCGCGCCAUUCAGCGGUCUCAGCUCGAGCAACCUCUUUGGAAAUCCAAAGGCUUGA